CAUAAAUAUUUAAAUUGAGGAUUUCAAAACAUAAAGUGCGUGAAAAUACGUAGGCUAAACUAAACUUUUCCUGUCAGUACACAAAAAAGGGAUUAGAGUUUUAAGUCUACAGAAGCGUGUCUAAUCAAACAAGCAGAGCGAUGCUGCCCGAUACAUUCAGUGCAGUGUAGAUGUUGGCUGGACUAUUUCAUCACCUGGGCCAGAUGCGGAGCGCUGCAAGCCGAGAGGAGUUGCGUUCUGUGGACCGGCUGUCGCCAGCCGUCUUGUCAGUGACCUGCAAUAUUGUACCCAUCAGAGCUACUCGCGUGAAUUCCGAGCAAUUCGGGGCAGAGGUCUUGCUAAGGAAAAUGAGAUUUUAAUUAGAGUGCGCUUGCUGUACUCUUCGCCCUCUUGGCAAGUGUGUGUUGUGGACUGGGAGGCUCGCUCGCGCGCUGAUUGCGCUCUCAGACACGCAGUGAGCUCGCGGCAUACCACUCUCCUCGAGACGGGCUGCACGCGCGUGCUGGAUUGUUGCACCUCUCACCCUGGUGUGAGAUUAUUUGAAUGUCUAAUUUGACCCGCACCUGAACGACGAUGACUGACGCCUUGGCUCCGGAUCCCAGUCCCAUCCCGCAUCCCACCAUCGUGGAUCCAUCGGCUCAAAACGGGCAGUGCGACCCUCCAGAUCAGCCGCUUUCCAGCAGACCGAGCCAAGUAGACCCGUUCACCAUGGACCAGGAAAUGAAAAUCGGCGACAAUGUUGAAGACAAAGGUUUAUUGGAGAGUAGCAUGCGGCUGAAACCACACGAAGCGCAGGACUAUCGUAAGAAGGCAUUGUGGAUAUCCUGGGUGUCCAUCGUGGUGACGCUCAUCCUGGCCGUCGCUGCCUUCACUGUUUCCGUCAUGAGACACAGUGCGUCUGCCUUUGGCUUUGCUUUCGAUGCGACGCUGGAUGUUCUGUCCUCCAUUAUAGUUCUGUGGCGUUACAGCAACGCUGCUGCAGUGCACUCAGCACACAGGGAGUACAUAGCCUGUGUGAUCCUGGGCGUGGUCUUCGUCCUCUCCUCUAUCACCAUACUGGUCAAAGCCACCCAUGACCUGGUCACCAAGCUUCAGCCUGAAGUGGAUGACUUCCUGUACAGUGUGUCCAUCGUCAGCGGGAUCACGUGCCUCAUCCUGUGUGUGUUCAAGUUCAUGCUGGGCAGGGUGCUCACCAGCAGGGCCCUCAUCACAGACGGAUUUAACUCUCUGGUGGGCGGAGUGAUGGGCUUCUCCAUCCUGAUCAGUGCGGAGGUGUACAAGCACAACCCCCAGGUCUGGUACCUGGACGGCUCAAUCGGCCUCCUCAUCGGCUUCAUCAUCCUGGCCUACGGAGUCAAGCUGCUGGUUGAUAUGGUCCCUCGUGUCAGACAGACGAGGAACUACGAGAGGUUCGAGUGACAGUCGUCCACGGCAACAGGACAGGGGGACACGGGGGAGCUUGGUUGGAAGGGCUGGAUGACCUCAUCGGUGUUCCCUCCCCACCCUGCUGCAGCACACACACACACACACACACACACACACACACUCUCUCUUCUUCUCAGCACAUACACACACACACACAUCGAUAUUGACCUCCAGAUGCCAGUUGUAUUUUAGUAUUUUUCUGCCAGCCCUUUGUCACUGUUGCAUUGCCUCAUACCCCCCCCCCCCCCCCACACACACACACACACACACAAACACACAUUCACCCCCUACAGUGUCUCUGCUCGGCCUCUGCUGUGUAAAUAAUCCAUAUGAGAGCA